CUCUCCAUGCCGCUGAGCCGCGUUAUACCAGCCGCCGCGCGCCUCCGGCCCACCGCCGUCUCCCUAGCUUCCCUUCCCUGUCGUGCCGUGCGCUAGCUCGUGGCUUGGCUCCUGCUCGCGGUCCACGUCCGCGAGGCGCCGAUCUACCUGGCCGUACUGUGAAGCUCUGCCGUAGCCGUCGAGCACUCGAGCCACCGCGGCGUAGCCGCUUCGUCUUGCGGCCGCCGUGACCACCGGCAUCGACGAGAGCCCGGCGCCGGCCCCAAUUCACAGUCCCAUCCCGCCGCCACGAGCUUUUCGCUGCAGCGCCGCCAGCCCGAGUCGCCGCAACUGAACGCCGUCUAUUACUCUGUAUUAACCGGUUGCAGCCUUGUAGGAACAGGCACCGGCAAAAGAUAAUGCUCACCAUCUGCAGUUGCAGCAAGUUACAAUUCAUGUUGAACGCUAUUGCCUGCGCACUGCUCUUCUCCCUGUUCUUCCUCAUUUUUGAUUCACCACUCAGGAUUUUCUUGAUCAAGAAACCUUACAACUUCACCAUAGUAUCCUCUAGGUCAUUGCAUGAGAUCAGCCCCAGUUCAAGACUUGUUCAGGAGGUAGAAAUUGGACAGAAGAUUGAAGAAAACACCCAAAACAUUAUCAACAUGACUGCAAAUGUGUCGUCUGGCUGGAGCAUUGUGAAGGAAGAAUUCAUAUUUCCUGCUGGAAGUCCGCCAUUCAAUAGCUGUCAUGCUUCCACUAUUGUACAGGUUGAAGAAGAAAAUUUUUUGGUCGCAUAUUUUGGUGGAUCCAUGGAAGGCGCUCCGGAUGUCAAAAUCUGGUUGCAGAGAUAUAGUGAUGGCUAUUGGCAUCCUCCAGAAGUGGCUGAUGAACAGGAUGGGGUGCCCAUGUGGAAUCCCGUUCUGUUUCAGCUUCCCUCUCGUGAGCUGCUUCUCUUCUACAAGAUUGGUCAAGAAGUCCAGAAGUGGAGUGGUGCCAUGAAAAGAUCGUUUGAUGGUGGCAUAACCUGGUCAGAGCGAGAGCAGCUGCCACCUGGUAUCCUUGGUCCUAUUAAGAACAAGCCUUUCUUGCUUGAAGAUGGGCGCCUACUAUGUGGGUCAUCAGUUGAAAGCUGGAACUCUUGGGGUGCAUGGCUUGAGGUUACAAAAGAUGCGGGUCGAACAUGGCGGAAGUAUGGCCCUAUAUGUAUAGAAGGUGAAACACUUGGGGUGAUUCAGCCAGUUCCCUACCAGACUGCCAAUGGGACUAUUCGAGUGUUGCUGCGAUCAUUUGAGACAAUAGGCCGUGUCUGUAUGGCCGAUUCUGUUGAUGAAGGUGUGACAUGGAGUUAUGUCCACGAGACUGAGCUUCCAAACCCAAAUUCUGGUAUUGAUGGAGUUAAGAUGAAGGAUGGAAGAGUACUGCUUGCCUACAACACCUUCUCCAGAGGAACGCUCAAACUUGCAGUCUCCAUGAAUGAUGGCGAUUCAUGGGAUGAAGUAAUGACAUUGGAGGAUAGCGAAGGUAUGGAAUUUUCAUAUCCUGCAGUGAUCCAGACCAUGGAUGAGCUCAUACAUGUUACAUACACGUACAACCGGACCCAAGUUAAGCAUGUUGUUCUUCAACCUAGUUCGACGGUGAAGUUGUGAGUCCGCAAUUACGGGAGAAUUAUGGCUGGCAACUUCAAGACACUACCGUUUAUCUCCACAUAUUUAGUGUAACCAUUGUAUCAUUUUGGCUAGGCUAUGUUCUUUUACUUCACUGCUCAGUUGAUGUGAAAUAAAUGCUUGCAACUGCAACUUAAUGGACAUUUUUCGAGGCUCGUCUUAAUAAAGAUUUAUUGAAAUGAAAAA